CUUAGUCUCUCCUUCAGCUUGGUACAACUAGUUACAUUGAUAGAGACAUCUCUUUCCUACUUUCUCAUCUCUUCUUUGUUGCUACAUAUUCAGUGCAUUCUGCAACUUCCUUUUCCACCUCUAUAUAAUUUGCUACAGAACAUAUUUUCACAGAGCAUUGUCUGGUUGGGGAAAGAACGUUCAACAUGGACGUCGUACCAGAUCUCCCUCGCUGGGCGGCAUUAUCAGCUGGCUCUGGUGUCCUUUCUCAUUUGCUCUACUUCAUCCGUGGCGAGCAUCAUAAACAAGUUGUCAGGCUGGCACAACUCACUUUCCUUAUACCGACCAUCCUUUUCGUGGCCCUUAUUCGGUUUGGGAAGUUUAAUAUUGCCGAAGCAUCACUCACCACACUCACCCUCGCAGCUUCGUACCUCUUCUCAUUAUGGGCCAGCAUGCUCAUAUAUCGAGCCUUUUUCCACCGUCUAGGCUCAAUUCCAGGUCCACCACUUGCGAAGCUCAGCAAAUUCUGGCACGUUGCCCAGCUUGGGAACUACGACAACUACAAGAGGCUAGACAGAUGGCAUAAUGAGUAUGGGGACUUUGUUCGAAUCGGCCCUGGCGAGCUGUCUGUUGUGGACCCUGAUGCGGUGGAAGCAAUCAUGGGAGCGAGGUCCGCCUGCACUAAAGCGCCAUGGUAUGAUGGCGGUGAUCCACUUGUCAGUAUGCAUCAGUGUAGGGACCGAGCACAGCAUGAUAAAAGACGACGUGUGUGGGAUCGAGGUUUCAGCAUGAAAGCUCUCGAUGCAUAUGAACCAAAAGUCAAAGAGUUCGCCAAACUCCUUAUCGACCGAAUCAAAUCUUUCGGUGGAAAGCCCUUGAAUGCAAGCUUGUGGUUCAAUUACUACUCCUUCGAUGUCAUGGGUCAGCUUGCUUUCGGACGUCCUUUCGACAUGCUAAAGACGGGCGAGAAGCAUUUUGCUAUCAAACUGCUGGCUGAAGGCCAAAGACCAAUUGGUAUCUUUUCACCAAUGCCGUGGCUCAUAAUGCUUUUCACGAGAAUACCUGGUCUCGGUUCCGCAUAUCAGAGAUGGGUUAGUUGGUGCGAAGAGCAAGCCGAGAAGAGAAAACAGAUGGAAGUUAAGGAUCGCGAUAUCAUGUCUUGGCUGUUAGAAGCAGAACCCAUGGAUCCGGAUCCAGUCAGAGACCACAUGUGGCUUGUCGGAGACUCAAGACUGGUCAUUGUGGCCGGAAGUGACACUACUGCUGCGACCCUAACCCAUCUGUUUUACCACAUAGCUAGAGAACCUGCGCAUGCCGACAAGCUUCGAGAAGAACUGGAGCCCCUCAUACAACCAGAUGGAAGCUUCGAUACCAAGGAUCUUGGCAACGCCGAGUAUCUCAAUGGCAUGAUCAACGAGGCUUUAAGACUUCAUCCUCCGGUACCCUCUGGGCUUUCGAGGUUGACACCUCCAGAAGGUAUAACGAUUGGCGAGACAAGAAUACCAGGAGACACAAUUGUUGCAGUACCUUUAUGGACUAUGGGGAGAUCACCGAAAGCGUGGGCACGUCCAAAUGAGUUCAUACCCGAACGCUGGUACAGCAAGCCCGAGUUGAUCUACAACAAAACUGCAUUUGCUCCUUUCUCAGUUGGUCGGUACGGAUGCAUAGGCAAGAAUCUCGCUCUGAUAGAACUUCGGACCGUUACAGCUCUCCUCAUUACACAGUUCAAUGUCUCAUUCGCCCCAGGCGAAGAUGGAUCAACUCUCUUGGACAAGACUGAGGACUACUUCACGGUUGGCUUGGGGGAUCUGAUGUUACAAUUUACCUUGCGGAAGUAAGCGGGGCGUUGCUAAACAAAGGACGAAAAGCGAAGGGAGAUCAAUCAUCAUAUCAUGUGUUUCUUCAAAUCAUACUGGGACACUUUACAACUAGGGACCCUACUGAUCUAGCUGCCGAAAGCAUUCCCGGCCACAUGUACCCCACAUCGAUUUUACAUUUAUCCACAUCCCCUGAGGCUGAACGCACUAUGCAAUUCUAUUUCCUAGGAUGGUCAGG